UACGGUCUAUAUACUUGAUGUUUUUGGUGCGGUGCUUAUCCGAAACAAACACAGAAAUUGGUGAUUAUAAUGUAAUUAUUUUUGUUAUUUUUGUUCGAUAGUUUCUAUGUUUGGUCAGGACUGAAUAGUUUGAUUAUGGAUGGCCACUAAAAUUUCAAUCGAGUAAAUGACGAAAGACAAACCGAAAAGAAUCUCAAGGAUGGUGAGCAAAUCGUUUGUUUGGGGUGUGAUUGCCGCAUCGCUGACCUGGUCGAUUAGCUUGUAUCUGUACUGGAGCUUGAGCAGUAGUGGAUCCAACUCUGCCAUAGCUUCCAUCCCCACUGCUGGUCAUGGGGAUAGAGGUAAAGCAUUGGCCGUAAUUGGCCCUGUGGAACAGACUGAGGACAUGGAGAAGAGAACAUUUAUUCAAAACGGGCACCAGAACAAUCUGGUGGCGUUGAAUCCAUUUGAAGGAAAGAUUGAAAAUGGGAAAAGUUACAGCUUGUUUAAGGAGAAAUACAACCGAUAUCGGAAGGAAAAGGAUUUUAGAAAGAUAAGCCACAAACUGAUGGAUGAGCUGCAACCGAUGAUGCCGAACGGAACGGAUGAAUUUGGUAUGGUGCGGAAUUCCGAGGAGCAGUUCAUCAGAGAUGUAGGAUACAGGAAGCAUGCGUUCAACGUGUUGGUUAGCAAUAAGAUUGGUCCGUUUCGAAGUGUUCCGGAUACAAGGCACAAACUGUGCCACGAGCAAAGCUAUGACAAGGUACUUCCGUCAGCCUCCAUCAUAAUGUGCUUCUACAAUGAACAUUUGGAAACACUGGUCCGAUCAGUGAGUUCGAUCAUCCGUCGAACGCCAUCAUAUCUCCUUCAUGAAAUCAUCUUAGUCGAUGAUUGCAGCGAUCUGGAUGAUCUUCAAGAUAACUUGGAGGAAGAACUGAGCGCACUCAAGAACAGUAAAGUAAGACUGAUCAGAAAUGCAGAACGUGAGGGAUUGAUGCGAUCACGGGUCUACGGAGCUCGGAACGCUACCGGCGAUGUGCUGAUUUUCCUGGACAGCCACAUCGAAGUAAACGUGGAUUGGGUGGAGCCUCUGCUGCAGCGAAUCAAAACCAAUCGAACCAUUCUGGCUAUGCCGGUGAUUGACAUCAUCAAUUCCGAUACGUUUGUCUACUCUUCAAGCCCUCUGGUUCGGGGAGGUUUCAACUGGGGUCUGCACUUCAAGUGGGACAAUCUUCCGAAGGGGACACUGGCAAAGGAAAGUGACUUUGUUGGCCCAUUUCAAUCGCCAACCAUGGCUGGUGGACUUUUUGCCGUGGACAGACAGUAUUUCAAGGAUCUCGGUGAAUACGACAUGGGAAUGGAUGUCUGGGGUGGAGAGAAUCUGGAAAUUUCCUUCCGCACGUGGCAGUGUGGGGGAUCCAUCGAGCUAGUACCUUGUUCGAGGAUUGGCCACGUCUUUCGGAAACGUCGGCCGUACGGAUCUCCUGACGGUUCGGACACCAUGAUAAGAAAUUCCCUUCGCCUAUCUCGUGUGUGGAUGGAUGACUAUAUCAAAUACUUCUUCGAGAAUCAACCGCAUGCUAAAAAUAUUGACCCUGGAAACCUCACAGACCGUCAUGAACUGAGAAAACGUCUGAACUGCAAAUCUUUCGAGUGGUACUUGAAGAACAUCUACCCUCAGCUGAAACUUCCAGGCGAAAAAACAACUGACAGUAAUGUGUCCCAACCGAAGUUCCAGCCGUGGCACUCUCGGAAGCGCAACUAUAUCAGCAGUUUCCAGAUUCGAUUAAGCAACAGUAGCUUAUGUGUAACAACUGAAAGUGCCAAGGAGAAGAGUCUGUGGAAGAAAGGAUCCCAUCUGGUCCUGCAUCCUUGCUUGCGGGUCAAAGCGCAAAUGUGGUAUGAAACGGAACGGGCCGAGCUGGUGCUUGGUCAGUUGCUGUGCCUGGAAGCUCCAUCGAGUGCCACCAAAGGUUCACCAAUGUUGAACAAAUGCCACGAAAUGGGUGGCGAUCAGGCUUGGAAGCACAGGAAAACGAAAGGUACCCCUAUCUAUAAUAUUGCAUCCGGCAGCUGUUUGGCCGUCAGGGAAGCCACAAAAGGUGCUCUGGUUGGGUUGGAUCUAUGCGUUAACUCACCACGCAGCACGUGGGAUUUGGUGAUUUCGUAAUCGUACAAAAAAAAAAGUUAGACUAUAGUUCGUCGACGGUUAUCUCUUACCAAACGAAUGUAAUGAAUCUCGAAUAAUUCCAGAUCUUGACUAAAUAUAGGCAAUGUUUCUUUUUCUA